GUUGAGUGUGUUUUUGGAACGAUCCCUCAUCUUAAUCUCAUCAUUUUUUUUUUUUAAAUAGGAAAAAAAAAAAACACAGAAAAACAAGAAAACAAAAUUCAUUAACAUCAACCAAAAAAAAAAAAAAAAACAGAAAUGAAGAUGAGGAUGAAGCCAGGAAAUUAUUCUUGUCGAGAACUCUUUAUUACCGGAAUUUUAUAUUUAUUUCUUUUGAUAAUUUCAACAAAUGCAGAUGGUUGCCAAAAGGGUUGUCCACGCUCUGAUACUGGAAAAUUAAAUUAUAAACCGGGUGUUGGAUAUCAAUAUGACAUUGACAGUUAUAUUACAAUUGGUAUACAAAAUGCACAAGCUGAAGAAACAAAUAUGAAAUUAAAGGGUCAUGCAAUAUUAUAUUAUGAGGGCAAUUGUGCAUAUAAAUUAAAAUUGGACAAUGUUAAAAUCGAAACAACACUCGAAAAAUUACAGAAAGAAAUGAAAGAUAAUUUUAAUAAGCCAAUACAAUUUACAAUGGUUGAUGGUGAAAUUCAACCGCAAAUAUGUACUGAAUUACAUGAUAACGAUUAUUCAUUAAAUAUAAAACGUUCAAUAAUAUCAAUGUUACAAAUAACUGAUAAUAAAUAUGAAACUGAUAUAUUUGGUGUAUGUCCAACUGAAACGACAACACAAUUAAAUAAUGAUGGUACAAAAACAAUAAUAAAAAUUCGUAAUUUAAUGAAAUGCAGUUAUCGUGAAAAUUUAAUUGCAUAUUAUGCAAGUGGUGUUGUUAAUGAAAAUUCAUUAAUUAAAUCACGUCCAAUAUUAAAUGGUGAUUAUUAUAAAGAACAAAAAUUAAAUAAUAAUAUUAUUGAAAAUGUUGAAUUAACUGAAACAUAUACAUCAAUGCAACAAAAUAAUAAUGGCAAAAAAAUAUUAUGGGUUAAAGUAAAAACAAUUUUAAAAUUAUUAAAUAAUAAUUAUGAUAAUAAUAUACCACAAUUAAAUAAUAAUAAUUUAAAAUCAAAAUCAAUAAUAUUUUCAUAUCCAAAUAAUGAUGGUAUUAGAAAUUAUGAUGUAUUAAAAAAAGUUUUUGAUGAAACAGUUAAUUUAGUUAAAGAAUAUACAAAAGCUGAUUCAGCACAACAUUUUUCUGAAUUAAUACGUUUAAUGAGAAAUGCUGAUGUUAAUACAUUAAUUGAAUUAUCAUCAUUACAUGAUAAUUUAGCUAAAAAAGUAUAUUUUGAUGCAUUAAUAAGAACAAAUACAGAGGAAUCAGUUAAAGCAAUUGUUAAACAAAUUGGUAAAUGGAAUCAUCUUGAAAAAAAAAUGGCCUUAAUGUCAUUGGCAUUGGUACAUUCAAUUGAUUUAGAUGCAUUAAAUAGUGUUGCAACUUUAUUAACACCAAAUGCCGGACGUGAAGCAUAUUUAGCUAUUGGAACAUUAGUUAAUACAUAUUGUAGAGAAAAUUCAUGUAAUAAUGGUGAAGUUGACUUAAUAACUGAAAAAUUUCGUGAUGCAUUAAAAAAUUGUCAAGUAAAUAAUAAAAAAGAUGAAGAUCAUAUUGUUAGUGUAUUAAAAGGUAUACGUAAUGUACAAUAUAUUGCUGAUAUUAUAACACCACAAUUAUUGGAAUGUUCAAAUAAAUAUCAUAGUUCACGUGUACGUGUUGCAGCAAUACAAUCAUUUUCAGCAUCAGCAUGUAAUAAAAAUUUACAACAAUAUGCAUUAUCAAUAUUACGUGAUUAUAAUGAAGAUUCUGAAAUACGUAUUGAAGCAUAUUUAUCAUUAGUACAAUGUCCAAAUGGUGAUAUUGCUAAUCAAUUAUCUGAUAUUAUUAAUAAUGAAAAAGUAAAUCAAGUUGGUAGUUUUAUAACAACACAUUUAAAAUCAAUACGUGAUUCGACUGAUUUUACAAAAUCAGCACUAAAACAUCAUUUAAAUAAUAUAAGAAUAACAAAAAAAUUUCCAAUUGAUCCAAAACGUUAUUCAUUUAAUAAUGAAUUAUCAUAUUCAAUUGAUUCAUUGGGAAUUGGUGCUAGUAUUGAUACAAAUGUUAUUUAUUCACAAAAAGGUUUCUUACCAAGAUCAUUACGUUUAAAUAUAACAAAUGAAGCAUUUGGUACAAGUUUUAAUACAUUUGAAUUUAAUGUCAGACAAGAAAAUAUUGAAAAAAUUUUAGAACAUUUCUUUGGACCAAAGGGUUUCUUUAGUCAAGAACCACAAUUAAUAAUGAAUAAAGUUAAUGAUUAUAUAGCAUCAUCUGGAUCACCGCCUUUUGGACAUCAUAAUCAACGUAAAAAACGUAGUUUAAUUGAUGAUUCAAAUAAUAUGGCAUUAAAAUAUAAAGCUGAUGAUAAUAAUAAUCAUUUUGAUAAUGAUAUUAAUUUAGAUUUAUCAAUGAAAAUCUUUGGAUCGGAAUUAACAUUUUUAAGUUUAGGGGAACAUUUACCAUCAAAUGUUGAUGAUUUAUCAAAUUUAUUGAAAUUAGUUAUUGGUAAUUUUAAAAAAGGUUUAAAAAAAUUUGAUAAAACAUUUGAAUAUCAUACAUUAAUGCAAGAUAUAAAAAUUGUAUAUCCAACUGGUAUCGGUUUACCAUUAGAAUUAGCUGUUAAAUCAACAUCAACUGGUAAAUUAGAUUUUGGUAUUGAAUUUGAUAUUGAUAAAUUAAUUGAAAAUAAAAAUAAUAACAAAUAUCGCUUAAAAUUUAUACCAUCAAAUGAUAUUAAUUUUGAAACAUUUUUAACAAUAAAUGGUUAUUUAUUAACAACUGGUAUUAGAACAUCAUCAAACUUACAUUCAGCUGAUGGUGGUGAUAUGACAAUUGAUUUUAUAAAUGAUAAUCAUAAAGGUUUUAAUAUUGAUCUAAAAUUACCACGUACAAAUGUUGAAUUAAUUGAAUUUAAACAUAAUGUUGAUUUUUAUAUAUCAGAAAUGGAUAAAGAAAUAAAAAUUAUACCAUUUAAACAAAAUAAAAAACGUAAAACAUAUCAACCAGUUUGUUUUGAUCAAUUACAAUUAUUUGGUUUAACAAUAUGUUAUACAGCUAAUUUACCAUCAGAUAUUGAAUUAAAUAAUUUAAUACACCAAAAUAAUAAUCAAAAUACACAAAAUAAUAAUGAUAAUAAUAUGCCAUUAUUAUUAAAUGGACCAGUACAAAUGAGUAUAAUAUUACAAACUGAAAAAAAUAUUAAAUUACAAGGUGCAUAUGAAUUAAAUGAUGGUAUACAAAAUUGGAAAUUGAUAUAUGAUACACCAAAUAGUAUUGAAUCGCAUAAAACUGAAUUGGAUAUUAAAUUGGGUGUUAAACCAAAAUUAUUUGCUCGCAUUGACUUUAUAAAUACACAAAAAAUUUUAGCAACUGAAAUUGGUUUAGUUAAUAAUGAUAAUGAAUUCUUAUUAUAUGGUCAAUUUGAAAUUGAUAAAGAUAAAACAAUACAAAAAAUUGGUUUUAAUAAAAAUAAUAAUGUAUAUACACCAUUAAUUGAAUUUAUUCAUGGUAAUCAAAUACGUAAUGAUAUUGCUGGUUAUAAAUUAGAUGGUAAAAUAAUUGUUGAUCAAAUGCCAAAUAAUAUUGAAAAAUAUAGUUUCGAUAAUUUACGUAUUAUAACACCAGAUAAUAAAGAUAAUAUUAUAAUAAAUGGUUGGUUAGAAAAUUAUGAAAAAUUACAAGGUUUUAAUACUGAAUUAAAUAUACGUAAAAAUGAUAAUAAAUUAUAUAAAAUUGAAUCACAUUUUAAAUAUGAUCAAGUAACUGGUUUAUCAGUUGGUACAUUUGUAACAGAAGAUAAUAAUCCGGAAACAACAAUUGGUGGAAGCUUAUUAUUAGAAUUUAGAAAAUCAUAUCUUAAAAAUGAACUCAAACUACAAACUGGUAAACAUUCAUUGAAAUUAUUUAAUGAAUUUGAAAAUAUUGGUGGUAAUGAUGAUGAUUCGGCUUCUUCUGAUGACACAGCAAUUAGAAAAUUUAAUAAUAAUAUUGAAAUAAAAAAUGUUAAUGAAAAGAAAUCAAUAAUAUUUGGCAAAUUAAAUGUUGAACAAUCUAAAAAAUUAAUUAAAAUUGAUUUUGAAGCACAACGUUUAAAUAAAAUUUUAUCAAUGAAUGUUAAAUUAAUGCGCAAUCAAAGACAUAUUGGUGAUUUGAAUUUCAUAUUUAAUGCAAAAUUAAAUCGUCAUUUUAUUGAUUUGAAAUCAAAAGUUGAUUUAAAUCCACAAAAUAAUAAAUAUGUAUUGGAUACAAUUUUAAUAACAAGUUGGGGUACACAAGGUACAUUAAAAGGUGAAUUUAAUCAAAAUUUACAAAUGCAAAAUGCAAUAAUCGAUUUAAAUGGACAGUUAAAAUUAAAUGAUAAUGAUAAAGAAAACUCAUUUCAAUUAAAAUAUAAUGACAUACAAGAUAAACUGUUAUGUGAAAUAAAAAUUAAACGUGAUACAGCUGAAUUAAUAUCAUACAAUAUUGAUAUACAAAAAAAUCCGGAUAAACAGAAUGGUCAAUUAAAACUAAUAAUUAAAGAUAAUUUAUCAUUAAACGGUAAAUAUAAUUUAAAUAAAAAUGGACGUGGUGAUUUUAGUGGAACAUUGAAUUUAAAGAAAACUGGUAAACCAAUUAAAAUAAAUUCAAAAUUUUUAUAUUUAUUACCAAAAUUUAAUUUGGACACAACAAUACAAUUUGAUGAUAAAAAAAUUCAAUAUAAAACAGAAAAUGAAUUACAUAAUAUUAAUAAAUUUAAUACAAAAAAUACAUUAGAAAUUGGUACAGAAAAAUUUGUAUUUAAUACUGAUUUAAAAAUUCAUGAUAAUAAUAAUGAUAUUAAAGGUGAAUUAUUAUUAAAAUUACCAAAUGAAAGGCAAUUUAAUAUUCAUUUGAAUAAAUUAUUAAAAAAUAAUAAUGGAAAUUUAUUAUUUGAAUUUAAUGACAUAUUACCAAAUAAUGAUAAACGUUCAAUACAAUUAAAUGGUAAUAUUAAAGAUUAUGAUAUUAAUAAAAAUAUAUAUGACAUUGAUUAUAAAUUACAAUAUAAUAAUUUUAAAAAUGAUAAUUUAAUGUUAAUAUUAAAUAUGAAAAAUUUAUUAAAAAAUAAUGAUAAUAACAAUAAAAUAUAUGGAUUUAAUUUUAAUAUUGACAUAACUGGUACAUUAAUAACUGAAUCAAUUAAAUUUAAUAUUGAUAUAAGUGAAUAUUCAAAUUUACAUUCAAUUUAUCAUAUUACAAAUUCGUAUGGUAAUAAAUUUAUAAAUAAUAUUGAUGGUAAUUAUUAUUUAAAUAAUAAUAAUGAUGAUAAAACUGGUACAUAUGAUAUUAAAAUAAAUUUCGAUUUACCCGAAACUGAAUUAAAGCAAAUUACAUUAAAAUCAAACGGUAAAUAUUCAAAACAACAACAGCAACAACAGAAUGAUAAUAAUGAUGUUAGUAAUAUUAUGCGUGAAAUUGAUUUUAAUAUUAAUUAUAAUAUUAAUGGCUUAAAUAAAUAUGGUGAUUUAAAUUUAUAUAUAAAAGGUACACCAAAACAUGGACAAUAUAAUUUAAAAACAUCAUGUUCAGCAAAUGGUAAAAAUGAAAUAAAUGGCUUAUGGAAACGUGAUUUACAAUAUAAAUCAAAUGAAAUUAAAACAAAAACUGAUAUAAAAUCGUUACAACAAUAUGGUAAAAUUGAACAUACAAUUAAUUUUAAUAGCGAAAAACAUGGUCAAGCUGAUAUUAAAAUAUUAUUUGAUUUUAUUGAAAAUGAUCAAUUAAAUUUACAUUAUACAAUAAAAACGUCAUAUGAUAAAUUUAAUUUAUUUGAUUUUAUACUAAAAGCUAAAAACGAUAAUAAUAAUAUAUAUACAACAUUAAUCAAAAUAAAUUUUAAUCAAGAACAAUAUAAUUUAAAUACAAUAACAUAUAAUGAUAUUAAUAAAAAAUUCGGUAUUGAUUUAAAAUUACAAACAACAAAUAAAAAUAUUAUUGAAGGACGUGGAGAUAUACAAUAUUAUAAUGAUAAAAAAUCAAUUAGUUUUCAUUUAACACAACAAUUUUAUAAUAAUCAAAAUAAUGAUCAUAAUAAUGAAAUUGGUUUUGAAUAUAAAUUUGAUGGACAUAUUGAUAAUAAAAAUUUAAUAUCAACAUUAAAAUUAACAAAUAAAAACUUUAUAGUUGAAUUAACUGGUUGUGAACAAAGUAAACAAUGUACAAAUUUCCGUAUUCAAUCAUUAAUAACAAUUAAUAAUAAUGACUAUACAAAUAUAGUACAUGAUUUACAAAUUUUAAUUAAUUUAAUUGAAUUAGGCUAUCCGUAUGAAUUUGAUUUACAAUCAAAGAAUAUAAAAUCUGGUAUUAAUUAUAAACAUGAUAUUGAAAUAACAAUAAAAUCAAAUUUAAACAAACAAUAUAAAUUGAAUAUAAAUAUAAAACCAGAUAAUAAUAUUAUUGAUAUUAUAUUACCAAAACGUCAUAUAUCAUUUGAAACAAUUAAUAAAAUACCAAAAAAUAAUAACAUAUUUGGUAAAUAUGAUAAUUCAAUUAUAUUUUAUAUUGAUAAAUUAAAUAAACCAAAUGAUAAAUUAUUAAUAUCGUCAAUUAUUGAUUUAACAAAUAUUAAAAAUACAAAAUUAAUAAAUUCAAAUAUCGAAUUUAAAAUAAUAACACCAUAUAUACAAAAACCAUUAUUAUUUAAAUUAUAUGGUGAAAUUGACACAAUUAAUAAAAAAAUACAAAAUAAUAUUAAUAAUGAUAAUAAAGAAUUUAAUCAUUUAGCUGAUAUGAAAUUACAAAGUAAUGGUUUAAAUAUUAAUUAUAAUAUAAAAUCAUUAAUUAAAUUUGAUUGUAAUAAUGAUAAUUACAUUAUUGAAUUAUUAACUGAUACAAAUAAUAAUAAUAAUUUUAAAUCAUCAAUUAAAUUAAAUUAUAAUAAAGAUAAAUUUGAUUCACAAUUAAUAAUAUUAAAUCAACAAUUAUUCAAUAUGAAAGGAUUAUACGAUAAACAAAAGAAUUUAAUUAAAGUUGAAAAUACAUAUAAUAUAAUUGAUUCAAAACCAAUUAAAUUAAUAAAUGAAUUAUCAUUCGGUCAAUUAUUGAAAUUAAAAGUAAUAUUAAAACGUGAUGAUUUAUUACAAGCAAUCGGUGAAUUUAAUGUUGGUAAACAAGCAAGUUUACGUUUAAAUAAAAUCAGUAAUAAUAAUAAUGUUGUAUUAUAUAAUGCAAAUAUAUCAUUAGAUCCGGCAACAUUUUUCGCUACACAAUAUGAUGUUAAUAAACCUGAGCUCAAUGAAUUUAUGGAACAUGCUAAAACUGAAUUGGAAAAUGAUAUUAAUGCUGCUAAGAAAAAAUUAAAUGAUAAAUUUACAAAAGCAUCAGAUGGUGUUAAAGAACGUUAUAUAAAAAUUAAAGAAAAUUUACCAGAUACAACAAAAUUAAUAAAUAAUUAUCAAAACAAUCUUAAAUCAAUAAUAAGUGAAUUAGAAGAUGAUCCAGAAUUAAAGAAAUUAUUUAUUGAAUUACGUACAUUAUAUGAAAAAAUUAUUGCAAUAUUGCAAGAUUUAUCAGUAAAAACAAAUGAAUUAUAUGAAAAAAUUGAAAUUGCAUUCAUGGAAUUUUAUGAGAAACAACAAAAAUUAUAUAAUGAAACAAUAUUACCAGCAAUUAAAGAUUUAUAUAAUAAAUUAAAUGAUAUAUUAAAUGAAUUUUAUAAUGAAUUAUAUAAAAUAAUUAAAAAUGUAUAUGAACGAGCAAUAAAAGCAUGGAAAAAUUUUGAAAAUGAUUUGAAAGAAUUAAGUAAACCAAUUAUUGAAUUAUUAAAACCAAUUAAUGAUAUUAUAAAUGAUGUAAUUAAAAUGUUAUCAAAAGAAUGGAAAGAAUUAUAUGAUGAUAUUAAAGAAUAUUUCAACAAAUUACCAACAAUUAUUAAAGAAUUAACAAAUAAAUUAAAUGAACAAUUAAUAAAAUUGUAUAAUAUUGAUGAAAUAAUAAGUAUAUUACAUGAUAUAUUCUCACAUUUAGAUACUUAUAUAACAUCAAAUGAAUUAAAAGAAUUUUUAACAAAUUUAUUAAAUUAUAUUGAAAUAAAAUUAUUAAAUAAAUCUGAUAUUAAUGACAUUGAAGAAUUAGAAAAAUUAUAUAAUGCUUUAAUAAAAGCAAUUAAUUCAAUAAUAUUACAAUUAACUGGUAGUGAUAAUAAAAUAAUUGAUGGUACAAAUACAUUAUUAACUGGUGGUAAUAAAAAUAUUAAUUCAUUUUAUAAUAUUAUAAUACAACCAAUACAAUUUGGUAUUGAAACAAUUAAUAAAUUGCCAUCAUUAUUUUCAUUUAAAUUAAGUCCAUUUAAUUAUAUUAAAAAUGAAGAAUUAAAUAUAUUUAAUAAUUUAUUAAUAUAUAAUAUACCAUCAAUAUUAGAUUUCUUACCACCAUAUCAAUUAAAUGGUCAUAUAACAAAUGGACAAAAUAUAUUUACAUAUGAUGGACGUUAUAUAUUAUUCCCUGGUUCAUGUAAAUAUAUAUUAUCACAAGAUUCAAUUGAUAAUAAUUUUACAAUAAUUGGUAAUAUUAAUAAUGAUAAAUUAGAAUCAAUAAUAUUAAUUGAUAAAACACAAAAUAUUAUUGAAAUAAAUAAUAAUGGUAUAUUAAAAUUAAAUAAUAAAAAAAUUGAAUAUCCAUUACAUAAUAUGGAAAAUGGUUUACAUGUAUGGAGACGUUAUUAUACAAUAACAAUGUUAUCAUCAUAUGGUGUAUUAAUAAAAUGUACAUUAGAUUUGAAAGUAUGUCAUAUUAAUAUUAAUGGCUUUUAUACUGGUAAAACACGUGGCCUAUUUGGUAAUGGUAAUUCAGAACCAUAUGAUGACUUUUUAAUACAAAAUAAUAAAAUAUUAGAGAAUUCAAUUGAUUUUUGUAAUUCAUAUAAAUUAAAUGAGAAUUGUGCAAAUAUACCGCAACAACAACAAUUACAACAAUUAUUACAAUCUGAUAAUAACGAACCAAUAUGUAAUGAAUUAUUUAAUUAUGAAUCAUCAUUAAUAUUUGGAUAUUUAUUUAUUGAUAAAAAACCAUAUAUGAAUGCAUGUAAUACAAUUGUUAAAUUAAAAACAAAUGAUAUUGAAAAAGAAGAGGUUGCAUGUAAUAUUGCAUUAACAUAUGCAUCAGCUGUACAUUUAUAUAAUAAUAUUCAAAUUAGUAUACCGAAAAAAUGUGGUAAAUGUUAUAUAAAUCAAAAUAAUAUAAUAAAUAUUGAUGAUGAAUUAAAUGUUAAAGUACCAAAAAAUAAAAUUGAUUUUAUAUUUAUUGUUGAUACAUCAUUAUCAAGUGAUAUAUUAAAUGAUUUAGUACAAGAUGUAUUAACAAAAUUGAGAGUUGAAUUAAAACAACGUGAUUUAAAUGAUAUUAAUAUCGCAUUUAUUGGUUUUAAUAAUGAACAAAAAUAUCCAAAUUUAUUAACAACAAAUGGUAAAUUGAAUUAUAAUGGAAAAAUAUUAGAAUCAGAAUUAAAUGGUCCAAAAUAUGAUGAUUAUAUUAUAAAUGAUACUGGUAUAAGUAAAUUAAAUGAGAUAUUAGAACAAUUGAAAGGUAUUCAUACACCGAUUGCAUCAAAUUUAAAAGCAAUUGAAUUAGCAUUAGAUUAUCCAUUUAGACCAGAUGCUGUUAAAUCAAUAUUAUUAAUAAGGGAUAAUGAAGCUAAAAAUAAAAUGGUUGACAUCAUAAGUACACCGGUGCUAAAUUAUUUGUUCAAAACAAAAGGUGUAACAGUGAAUUACAUUGGACCCGUUGAUGAAUUAACGGUUGAUGGUAAACCAAAUGAAAAAGUAGUUGGUUUUAAUAAAAGAGCACUUGCUAUGCUUGGUGGUACUAAUAAACGCGAAAAAUUGGAAUAUUCUUAUGAUCCAUUUAUUGAUAUAUUAAUUAAUGAUGAUAGUUGGGUAUUUGCAUUAAAUAGUUUUAAACAAUUAAAAACACCAGAUCAGAAAAAAUUAUAUACACAACGCGUUUCAUCUAUUAUCGCCGAUCAAUUAUAUAAGACUGAAGUAACCAGUAAUUGUGUAUGUUCAUUGAAAUAUGGAUUACAUGGUGAAGUUCAAUGCACAAAACAAUCGUAUGAAUUUAAUCCAUCAAAGAAAAAUAUUCCACAAAAACAGGGUUAACAUAAAAAAAAAUAAAUUUAUUAAUUAUAAUUUCACUUUAUUCUACUAAAAAAUCAUUGUAAAUAUUUAAAUGAAAAUAUUCAAAAAAUUAAAUUUAUAUACGAUUAACAAAAAGUAUGCAAAUAAGAACGUAUACGAGCCGAGAAUAACCAACAUACACGAAGUUACAUGGUUUUAUUUUUGUAUUUUUAUACCUACCAACAUUUACAUAUAUUAUAUAUAUACAUAUAGAGGAGGGAAAACUAAAACAGUAAACAAAUAGCUUUGAAAUUUCAUCAACAUCAUUUUUGAUAAAUAUGCAAUUGACGUUACUUUCAAGAACAUAAAAUAAACAUACUGCAAUGGCAAAAUAAACAACAACAUCAAAACCAUUCAUCAACCAAGAGCCCUAACAAAUAAUUUUAAUGUAAAAAAAAGUAAUUUAAUAAUAAUGUAUAAAAAAUUCAAAUUAAUUAAAAAUCUUUAAAUUUUAUAUUUAAAUAAGAAAAAACAAAAAUAAAAAAUAAUGGGUAUGUAAAAUAAAAAAAAAAAAUCAAAAAAAAAAUGGAAA